GUAAAUGUUGAUAUUAAAUUAGUUGUACAAGUAUAUAAAUGAAUUUAAAACGUGUAUGGCUUUUUGACAGCUUGGUUUGUUUUGUAAAUAAACUGUGUCUCUCUCUGUUUCUCUUUUUCUUUCUCUCUCAAUAUUAACAUUCAACAUGGAGGAUCUUCCUUGAAAAUAAAUGAAAAUUUUGGAGCUUGAUUUGAUUUUUUAACUUGAAAAUAAUAAUUAUGCCUGACAACAAUGAAUUAAAUUAUUCACACAGAAUAUAUCAUAAUGAUCCAAUUAAAUUUAAAAAUUUAAUAAACAAACAAGUCAAAGUAGUUGCUAAAGAUUCAAGUGUUCAUCAUGGUAUUUUAUACACAGUUGAUCCAGUAUCAGAAAGUAUAAUAUUAAUUGAACCAGUAAAUAAUGGAACAUACAAAGCAAACAUAAUUGUUGGUCAUUCUGUUGAAAGUAUGGACAUAUCAACAUGUGAUGAAUCAAUUGAUACUAAACUUCCUGAUUUUUUUAUAAAAAAAAAUAAAAUAUUAUCAGAUGAUGAAUUAUUAAUAAAAAAAGAAUUAAUUAAAAAUUUAUUAAUUGAAAAUCGUUUUCCAGUUGAAGAAAAUAAUAAUGGUAUAUUAAAAAUUCAUGGAAUGUUGUCAAUUCAUCCACCAUAUGAUUUUGAUGACUGUUUUUGUACAAAUCCAAUUAUUAUGACAAGAAUACACAAAAUACUAACACAAGUGUCAAGCUAAUUAUUAU